CCUAGAGGCUGAGUUUACGACGGCCGUGAAGGCAGCACCGGUAUUUCUUUUUCAGCCGUUGGUGAGACCUAGCUUAAAAUUUUUUAGCCUGUACCUAAGAUUUGUGUGUCUGUGUUUCUUUACUUUUUGUGCCAAGAGGCUAUAAAAACUUUACCUCCCAAUGACGAGCGAGGGUGAAUCUUUGAAAGCAGACAGGCUCAGUUUGACGAAGCACAAAAAAGUCCGAGGGGAAGUUCCCUAGGAAAUCCCCUGUUCGGGGAUAUUAUUGUCGACACUGAUGCGCCAAAGCUCCGACACAAUUGACCUCCCCAGUCCAUUUCGAAAAACUCAAGGCUAGAAGCAGAUGUGUCAAAUACUGGAUUAUUAUUAAGACUGCUCCUUCUGUCAAAUCUACGAAUCUUGCAAUGGAUAGCGUGAGUAUGAACACGGAUAACGACAUGCUGAAAGACAAAAACAGGAGUUACAGCACGUUGAAUACUCUGUAUCAUGAGACGCGGCAGGAGAUCGACCUUCUCAACAAACAGAUCUUCGUGAAGGACAACAUCAUAGCAGAUUUAAAAACGAGGCUGGGGAGAUAUGAGAGGAUUUAUAUGACUGUAGGAGAUAAGGAGUCUGUGGUCAUCGGGCCGUCCAAGUCCUUGUUGGAGAGUUUAUGUAAAGAAGUAUGCAAACUGAAACAGAAGAGGAAUGAAGUAGAGUUCAAAGCGGCCAAACUAGCAGAGGAAAUCAAGAGGUUGAAUGGGCAGCUCAGAGAGAAGGAGCUGGAGCUGGAGAGCAUCAGGUGUCAGCCGGACCACGAGAAGGACCAGGAGAUCCAGAGGCUGCGGUUAGCCUUGGAGGACAGGGAGCGGUCAGAGGCCACCAGGGCCGUGCUGUGCAAUUCCCUGGCGGAGGAGGCCGACCAGCUGCGCAACCAGCUAGGCGCGACCGUGAAGGUGUGCCAGGAGCUGCUGGCCAGGCUGGAGAAAGAGAAGAAAGGGGGAGGAGAAGUGGAGGAGAUGGCUCAGCAGCAAAAGGCAAAGGAGUUGACAGACUGCUCUGACAGGAGUAGUGUUAACACCCAAAUCUGUCAACUUAAGGAGGAGAAUCAGCAGCUAAAGCAGCGAGUGGCAUAUGUACAAGGUCUGAAUUCUCAGUGGCAGAAGUAUGAUUCCAGCAGGGAGGAUUAUAUCAGAGGCUUGUGUCAGAGGCUGAAGGAGACCACUGGGCAGGGCUUGAUGCCUGGGCUGGGCUCUGUCAACACUGGAUUGCUUCAUCAGGAGAUUUCCAGGCUCAACGGCUUACUGGAGGACAAAAUGAGCGAGUGUGCGAGGCUGGGAAGAGAAGUGGAGGAAAUAAGGAGACAUGACCAAGAGCGCAUCCAGACACUGGAGCAGCAGGUCCUCAUCUAUACAGACGACUUUAAGUCGGAGCGUGCUGACAGAGAGCGAGCACAGAGCCAGAUCCAAGACCUGAAAGAUCAAGUUUAUCAGUUGAAGCAGCAGCUACACAAACAGCAGGGAGCAAGUCGAGAGAGCAGAGAGGUGGUUCCCAUGUGUCGCGUGCACAUUGGACACAGGAUCUCCUCGAGGCGACACAAGGACUCUGCAGAGCAUCUGCUGAGGACAAACACUGAAGCGCAACAACAGCCUGCAGCUGCAACAGUGGCACCGAACCCUGUCUGGAAUGAAUACCCAGGCCUGUCAGAGUUACAAUGCCCGCGCUGCCUCACCAAGUUCGAUGACAUGGAUGCAGCAGAGUACCUGAACCAUUGUGAAGAGUGUGCCAAACUAUAAACGGAACAACACUCAUUUGGAAAAGACACUUAUCUCUUGCUGACAGUUACUGAACACUGAAAAGCAGCACUACAUGGCUGAAAAUAACCCGAGUGGAGUUUCCAAUUCGGAAAGGCUUGACUACAAACGAAACAAGUGAUUUAAGAUGUUUUGUACAUAUUGAAGCAAAACUGUACAAACCAGAGUUCCCCUGUCACAAGAGAAAUUAGUUCAAGUCUUUUUAAGCCUGCAUGUAGUUUUGUAAAAUCCAGGUUUUAAGUGUUCUCCUAUGGGUGGGCAAGGGGUUAUCGUGGUAGGGAAGUGGAUUUAUCAAAUAUCAUAUACCUCAACAUGUCAAAUUACAAACUUGUUGCACUUUCUUGACAUUUAGCCAAAAUAAAUAAUCGUUGGACCGUACGAUUAAGAGAUUUGUGAUACAUAAGCUUCUAAUGUUAGAUCUAGACAUCUAGUUGAUAAUGUGGUGCUAUAUAAGUUGUUUAUUUUUGAUGGAACUUUACAUAUUUCUGUUCUGUAAAUUAUAUAUUCUUAACAGAUUUAAAAUAUAUAACUAUUAUAUUUAUAUUUAUUCUCUUUGCAUAAAUAAUUGGAGGAGGCAAAUCAAUCUAGUGCAAUGUUUUUAAAACAAAACAAAACAUCAUUUUGCCUUUUUUCCACCAAAGCCAUGAGAGAUUUUUUUCUGGUAAGUUUUUGGGAUCAAAAAUCUUAAAACACAUUACAACUGGAAAAAAAUGUUUAAGAUCCAACUUCUUGUAAAGACCGAAUCCCGACUGACAACUUUUUUUUUUUUUUUUUUUUUUUUUUUUUUUUAGAAAUGGUGCUGUUUUUUCUUUGAGCUGGCACAUUAUUUUUGUAAUAAAAGAUUGUUUACCCACACUUUAUCUUAUGGUGAUUUA